AGCCGUGUUACUAGCGUAAUCAAGUGGGGGAUCUUUGCACAUCAAAUAUCGGAUGUGAUGAGUAAUUAAGUUAAUCUAAAGUAAAAUUAAAAAAAGUUUGAAUGUUUUUAAAGAUCUAGUUUUCUCGAAGAUAAAGAAGUUUCUUGCAUAGCAUUUGAAAUACAUUGAAAAUAGAUUCAGAGUUUCUUAGUAUUGAAACUUUUUAUAAUUUUGGUGUGUGAAGAAUGACUUUUAUAUUACAAGAAAAUAAAGCCUGGAUUUACAACAUUAUUUAGUAAAGAAAUACAAAAACAGAAGGGUUUGUCAUUGAAAAUGGAACCAAUAAAUGAAACGGAGAAACUUUUAUACUCGAAGCUUGUCAACAUGUUGUCCUUCACCGAUUAUUGGAAAGACGAUUCCUUGCUGCAGUGUGCGCUUACACUCAUUCCAGCAGAUGAACUGAGAGUAAGAGCAACCGUGAAGUACUCGAGCUUGCCAGAAAGUAACAAUGUUGAUAUUGACGAUCUUUUACUUCUGGAACUACUGGAAUGGUUCAAAGAGGAUUUCUUCAAGUGGUUGGAUGCACCCAAGUGUGACACUUGUGAUGUGGUUACUGAGAAGAAAGGAUUCGUCACACCCACCCAAGAUGAAGCUAAGUGGGACGCACGAACGGUCGAACAUUUUGAAUGCCCAAAAUGUGAAAAGACUUAUCGAUUUCCUCGCUUUAAUCAUCCCCGAAAACUCUUAGAGACUAGACGAGGACGUUGUGGAGAGUGGGCCAACUGCUUUACCUUACUGUGUAUUGCUUUAGGGUAUGAUUCUCGCUUCGUGAUAGAUUGGACGGACCACGUCUGGACAGAGGUAUAUUCUCAUUCCAACAAACAAUGGCUGCACUGCGAUCCUUGUGAAAAUGUUUGUGAUAAGCCUUUGAUGUAUGAAGUGGGAUGGAAUAAAAAGCUGAAGUAUGUCAUAGCCAUAGGCAGGUAUGAAAUACAAGAUGUGACGUGGCGUUACACAAGAAAUUUUGAAGACGUCCUUAAAAGGCGAAAUGUGUGCCGUGAAGAAUUUCUUCUUCACUGUAUUCUAACUUUACAAGAAAAAUUACAAAAGUCUUUAUCUCCGCCACAACUUAAGGAGUUAAAAGAGCGUCGUGCCAGAGAAUUAGCAGAAUUUUUAUCUCCUGCUCAACCUGAUAGUGGGAAUUACAGUGGCAGAACUUCUGGUUCACUGUCAUGGCGACUAGCAAGAGGGGAAAUAAGUUUCCUUGAGAAUUUCUAUGUGUUUAAGUUAAACACUGAAGAAAUAAAACAGAAGUAUUUUCACAUUAAGUACAGCUGCGCUUUGGAUAAAUAUAUGCGUGUCAGUUCCUUGUCUGUCCAGACGGAAGAUUGGAAGUCCUUCACUUUUUCCCACGCGAAUAUGUUCCGCAAAGUGGAGAAAGACUGGAAAGUUUCCUAUCUUGCUCACGCAGAGGGCUUCAGUAGAGGAAGCGUUGCAUGGAAAUUUGAUUUUAGGGAUACUAAUCUGGUUAUUAGUACUGUAAAAUUAAACCUGCAUAGUAGAACGUUCAACUCGGGGACUAUAAAGUGGUUGCUUUUUCCAAAUUCUGAAGAUGACAAAAUAACAAAAUAUUCUCCUGAAGAAGUAUGUCCUUUAGAAACUACAGAUUUGAAAGGAAACACAAAUUUCAUCCUUAAAGCUGAAUUGACUGGUGGCGAUUCCUGGCAACAUGCACAACUAUUUCGCCAAUCUUUAGACUCAACUGCAUUUCCAUUUGAAGUGGAGAUUCAUUUUAUAGAAAAAAUGUCAUCUCCUUAGGAAUCAGGUGACAUAAAAUCAAAUGGAAAUCAUUUUUAACUAAGAAAUUAAUUGGAUACAUGUUUCCAUACUGUGUUUCAUCCAACCCCGGAAUUGUUGGGCUUGCCAUUUUCCUCUUGGGAAAUCAUGGUUUAGUGCUGAAUUGCAUCUGUUUGCAUAAGAAUGAAUUGCAUAAGAUUUCAUUGCCAACUAAUGCCUUAAAAACUGCAUAAACAGUGUAAUGUGUCUGUAUAAGAAGAUUUUAAAUUUCUUAUAAUUCAUAUGUAUGUUAUGCAUUUCAUAUUAUUCUGCCAAAAUGCAUGCAAUAAUAAUUCUUGACAUCAAAGAUAUCCAAUUGUCUUUGAAUUGAAAAAAGAUUACCUUUAUAACUGAAAUUAUUGCUUCAUUUGAAUACAUUUAACUUUUCUAAAUAUUUUACUUAGACUUGCCUAAUACUGGUUGUACUUUUAGAUUAUAAAUACAUUAGAGAAUCACAUAUAUGAAUGUAUCUAAAACAGAAUGAGAUUUCAGUUAUAUCUAAAAAUUAUUACACUUACAAUAGACAUAUAGCAAUAGCAAAGCUCAAAACUACCAUUAACAUGGAUGCUCUGAUCAUGGAUAUUCCUUUCACUUGGCUUCCAUUGUUUUAUGUGAAUUAUCUCAUUUUUUAAAGGAUCAGAGAUAUAGUGUAAAGAGUUAUAUAGGUGGAAUGUUGUUCUUCUUAACCAUUCCCUUCUUAACCAACCUUAAUUGUUCCCAGAGAAUAUUUGUCUAUUUUUGUUCUUGAUAUAUUUAGGCCUCUUGAUUUAUGCAUUUUGUGAUCCCAUGCAGUGACGUCAUGAGGCUGUUUUAAUAGCUGAUUAGUGUAGUUUUACAUUUUAAUAAAUAUUUAAUCAAUAUGUUGAUGAUUUAGAUUAAAUUUUCAGUUUAAUUUUUAAAAUUACAUAGGUUUUAACCUAUUUUUAAUGUAUAUUUCAUGAAAAAUUAACCAUUAGUUAAUAAUGUUCCUACUUUUAAAUAAAAGAAUUAAAUUAUUAUGAUACAUUAUAAAGAAAUAAUAAGCUUCAAGCAAAUACAGCAUCAAAAAUCAUUAUUUUAUAAUAACUGUCAACUGGAAUGUAACUAGUUAAAUGAAUAAUUAACAUCUUAACAUAGUAUAAAAUGUAAUUCAUUAUACUUAUUUCUUAAUAGUGUCAAUAAUUCUGUGAAUAUUUUAAUUAAUAAUAUUUAAUAAUUUAUGGAAUUUGUAUUGCUUACAAAUUUAUUUAUUUGACAACUUGCAUAGCAACGUUUUUUAAAUCAUCUUCCUAUAGUUCUGGACUGCCAUUUAAUGAUAAAUCUGCUACUAGCCUCAAAAGUGUACUGUAGUACUGUUGAGAAUUCAUUGUUUCAUUCCAUUCUAAGCAGUCUUGAGUACAGAUUCUCUGAAAAAGAACAUGAGGAUCAUUUCACUGACAUUCAUGUUAAAUUAUCCUUUUUUGAUAUGGGCUAUUGCUACUACUUGUCAUAUUAGCAAAUAUAUUGACGUAUUACAACACUCAACACCAAAAAUCUUCUUUAUUUGAGUAUACUAUAUAAUUGCAAAUUCUAUCAUUAGAAGUUGUAUGAAAAUAUACAUAAACAAUUAUUCUGUCUAUUCUUCAUAAUAGUAUGAGACUAUCAUGUGCCUUAUUUUAAAAUAUGUUUAAGUUUUUAUAAGUGUAAUGAAAAGUGCAAUAAAACAA